AUGACAACUACUGCUGCUACUACUUCAAGAGACCAAGCGUUUAGGUCAAUCUUGAGAAACAAGUUGUUGGUCAAUGUGAUAUGGAGAUAUGUGAGCGACCACAACACAGAGCUUAUCAUACGACACAAGUACAGUAAUAUGGGUACUAUCAGUAAGAGUGGGACUGAUACAGCACAACAUGAACCUAUUGCAAGACACUAUAAAGACUGGACCGAUGUUUCAAAGAUCGUUCAUCACAAACAUUUUGGUUUACUAAAAGAUAAAUUAUUACAAUAUUAUCCAAUAGUAAUAUCAAGAAAUAAGAAGAAUGAUAAUAAUAAUAAGAAAGAAAAGAAAGAAAAGAAAGAAAAGAAAGAAAAGAAAGAAAAGAAAGAAAAGAAUCAUCAUCAUCAAGAUCAACAUAAGAUGAAAAAGACAAAAAAAGAAAAAGAAAGAGAUAAAGAGAUGAAUGAAUUGAAUCAAUUGGCUGCUGCAAGAUUGAACGUGGACAAUGAAUUGAUUACAAGAGUUUAUAAGAAUAGUGGAUUUACAAAUCAAUUGUUGGUGAAUAGACAUCGUGCAGCUGAAGAUGUAUGUUUGCAAGUGACCGACUUGUCAUUGUUUAUGGCAUUUUAUCGUCGGUAUACACAUUUAUUCGUGUCGUUGAAAUUGGUUAGGUAUGCAUGUCAAGCGGGUAAUUUGGAGAUUGUCAAAGUACUAUUACAACAAGUGUAUCCUGUGAAACUGUCGGUGAUGGGUGGUUUUGCAGGUGCUGCCUUGGGUGGACAUUUGCACAUACUCGAGUAUCUCGCAAACGAAUAUCAAAAUGGAGCGUUGGCAAUUGAACUAUUGGAUAAUAGCGGAGGAGGAGGUAGUUGCAACGAUAACCUUUGGGAGACGAUAGUCAACAGUCUCAAACACAACCACAGUGGUGUCAUUCGAUGGUUGAUUGACCGUUUCGGUGUAUCGAUCAUGACCGAGCUCAACGACAUGGUCAACGGCGACGUCAUUGUCACGUGUGACAUGGACUUGAUCAGACGCACGACACCCACUACAUUUGACAAUGCCUUUAUGCCCGACUAUCUCAACAAGAUUGGGCAGGUCGAUAGUAUAGACACGCGUCUAUCCAUUAUCGAGAUGUUGGUCGGUCACUACAACCAAAAGAAUCAGUCGUCUCCCGGAAACAAACAACCAGGUACACCUAAAAAGACAAUUGAUAUGGAUGAGGUGCGGACUAAAGUGUCUGAACGUCACUCUGGACUGCGUGACACCCAUCCCAACCUAUUCAACUCGUUGGUGGUGAAUCAACUCAUUCUCGCGUUGAUCAGGGAGCACCGUGGAGUACCGGGUGUCGCAAUGCUCGAAGAUUUCAUGGAUGAAGAGAUGCGUGUGUCACAUAUCAACCCAAAUGCAGAGUUUAUGAACGAGCUAGGAUGGUGGUGUUUGGUCGUCGAAUAUUGCAUGGAUAUCGGGAAGAGUAUGGGUGGUAAGGUCAAGUACCUCUAUUUUAUCUUGCAACGUGCCAAUCUCGAGCAAGUCAAAUAUCUCUAUGAAAGUGAGGAAAUUGAACUUGACGCAGUACUACCAACACUACUCAAACGUACCGACGAUCACGUACCAUCCAUUCUCGACUAUAUAUUCCAAUUUGAUCCGUUGAUCAUUGAACUCAACGAAGAGUCCAAUCUCCCCAUUUCAUCAGUAUCAACUCUAAAAUACUUGGUAGAGUAUAUAUACCAACGUCCAGUCAUUGAUACCAAUGAAAAUGACGAACCUGAACUUCACGUCAACUUGGAUUAUUUCGAAUACAAUAUUGAACAAUUUAAAUAUAUUGAACGAUAUUUUAUUCCUUGGGAAUCUUCUUCUUCUCCAUCUCCAUCCUCCUCAUACAACAAAAAUCAAAUUCAUAUUGAUAUUGAAUUGGAAAACAAAUUAAUGAAUUUAUUACAAAAAUAUAUAUUUAUGGCUGAUUUGAAGAGUAUCCAAGAUCUUCAAAUUAGACGAUCUCAAUCGAUUAAAAUGUUGGUUGAUGGUAAUCACCCAAAGUUUGAUGACUCUAGAUCCAUCCUAAUGGAAAAGGCAAUCAAACAUUUUGAUAGGGAGAUUUUCGAGUAUUUGUUUGGACCGCUUGACACUACUUUCUUUGUCGAUACAGACUACAAGACAUUCUCUCAUUCUCUUGCCAAAUAUGCGCCAAUAGAGGUAUUUGCAUUUGCUCUAUUCAACAACCCAUCCUAUCAAUUGACAUCAGAGUAUCUUGUAGAACUUGCCACCCUGUCACACUCUUUUAGUAAUUAUUCUGUCUAUUCAUUCUUAUGUAGACAUGUACUAUUUAAAUCUUUAUCAAAUAAUAAUAAUAACAAUAAUAAUAAUAAUAAUAAUAAGGCAAGUGGUGUUGAAAUACCACACUUUAUUUAUGAAAUCAAAACUAAUGAUAUUUAUAGUGACCCUAAAAUGAUUGAUUUCCUUCAACUCUACCUCAUCCAAACCCAACAUACAUUUAAAUCAACAUCAUUGAUUGAAUCAAUCAAUAUUAUUAAAUCAUUACCUUCUUCAUCAACUUUAUUAUCAUUACCAAUCAUAAAAAUCAACAAAGACAAAAAAGAAAAAGAAAAAGAAAAAUCAACUACAACAACAACAAGUCCCUCAUUAAUGGAAUCAGAAAUGAGUUUAUUAAAAUAUUUAAUUAUGGAAACAAAUGUAAUGACAGUAGUAUACUUUUUAUCAUUAUUCAACCAGUCUGAUUUGGAAUCAUUAAACCUUUCACAAUCCAUUGAAUUGACUGAAAAAGAUAUUGCCAAACUAUUAAACUCUGCGUCAUAUGAUAUGUUAGUCUAUCUCUACCACGAGCUUGGAUACCGAUUCAAAUCAUCUACUUCUCAUCACCCUAAAUACACCCAAACUAGUUUAUGGGUAUACGACCAUUUAAUAAAUACUAAAUAUUAA